GCAGCACAUCACACGCUAUCCCGACGACCAGCGAGCGGACCACGUCGAAUCGGCGCAGUGUAACGUGACGGUCGUGUGUGUGUGGUAUUGUGUGUGCGUUUUUUUUCUUUCAAUUAAAUUUUUUUCAAAAAAAAAAAAACAGUCGCGAAAAAUUCAAAACAAUUAACCACCUUUGUCCCUUUGUCCCUCCCCGACCGAAGAUAUGUCGGCCGUCAGUGCGAUCGUCCACGGUCGUCCGUUGAAUUCGGGGACACGCUAAUAAUACCAAUUAAAUACUACAAAUUUUUUUUUCAUUUUUUCAAAAGGGAAAACUAACAACAGUUUUCUUCUUAUCUCGUUUUCUCGUGCAAGAGCCGGUGGUAAUGGAUUGAAAGUCGACGAGCGCGGCACGAUCAUGGACGGCGUCGGACGUGUGGCCGUCUUGUUUAUGUGGAUGACCGCUGCGACCAUUUGCCAAGGCAAGCUGGUGACGUACACGCAGAGACCGCCGUCGCACCGGCCGAUGGCGACGCGACAACCGCCGCGGGUCGCCGCCGCCGAAAACGGCACGGAUCUCUACCCCUAUUUCGACUACUACGUGCCCCGGAACAUCACCACUACCAUUGGGCAGAGUGCGUUCUUACACUGUCGCACGGAAAACUUGAACGACAAGUCGGUGUCGUGGAUGCGAAAGAGAGAUUUGCACAUACUGACGGCAGGAGUACUGACUUACACCAGCGACCAGAGAUUCCAAGUUAUUCAUCCGGAUAACUCGGACAAUUGGACCCUGCUGAUUAAAUUUGCUCAACCGAGAGACGCCGGAAUCUAUGAAUGCCAAGUGAAUACAGAACCCAAAAUGAGUCUGGCAUUCCAACUCAACGUCGUAGAGAUGAGAGCUCGAAUAUGCGGCCCUCAAGAGCUGUACGUGAACGAGGAGAGCGAAGUGACCAUGCGGUGCGAACUUAGCCAAGGACCGCACGACCUAGGCACGAUAUUCUGGUACUUGGGCAACGUACCGGUGUACACGGACCAGGUGAGCCUGCAAUCGAUCAGACAGCCCCGGGUUAGUGUGCACACCGAAUGGGCGGACGGUCUUAAGAGUACGCUUCACAUAGCCCAAGCUAAACUCAGUGACUCCGGCAACUACACCUGCGUGCCUACGUUUGGACAAUCAGCUACAAUCAAUGUUCACGUGGUCAACGGCGAACACCCUGCGGCAAUGCAACACGGCAAUCGGAGCGCGGUCAGCGGUCAGAUGACGGUCCACGUGCUCGCCCUGUUCAGCCUUGUCAUCAUGCUGUCCAACCCGGUGCUGUUCGGCCACUGAAAAAAUCGGUCUGCCGGUCAACGGCAAGUCACGGCACACAAACAACGCAACGCCCACUCGUGUGUAUAACCUUCGAAUCAUGUACAUAGGACAAUGCUAAAUUUAUACAAAAAAAAAAAAUUAAUUUCAUCCCGUCACGUCUCGUCACGCCAUGUCACGUCACAUCACGUUACGUCACGACACGAUACGUCGUACGCGAUUUUUUUUAGUGUAAACGAACAAACUUCCUUCCCACCUUUUUCGUUUGUUUUUUUUUUUAAUUUUUAUGCAAGGUAAGAUUAAUUCGGCCAACCGAAAUAGUUUUAUAUAUUAUAAUAAUAUUAUUGUAUUGUAUUGUAUUGUUUCUUAAACUAAAUUCUCUAUUGUUUAUACAUUUCGUACACGUACGAUAGUUGUGUUUAAAUCGGACAUCAUUUUAUUAAUAAUGUCGACUAAAUAGCUACACAAACGGUAAAGACAAUGUUUCGCUCAGAUCUUAGGGCGAAUUCCGGGUAAAUCGGUUGUUGAGAAACAAAUAACGAUGUAUAUACAGAUAAAACCCUUUUCGAACGGAGUUGAAUACGUAUUAUUGGAUUAUAUACUAUAUAUUUUAACUUGUACAAAAGUACAACGUAUAACUGAAAGUAAGUUUUCGCUAAAUUAAAUAACAAAACUAAAUUCGAAAACACAAUGUAUUAUAUAUAAGGAGAUAAUAACAAGAAAAUGUAACGACCCUAAUGCAGUACAAAUAAUACGUUUUAUAUCAAAUAACGUCGAGAAGAAGAUAAUUAUAUAUAUAUAUAUAUAAUUAAUUUUUUUUUUAAUACCAAAAAAUAUGUACUGAUGUUUGCUAUACUCUACUACAACCGACCAUCUAAACAUUUAACGAAAGAUAUUAACAACAGGAGGGCGUCAUUAACAAAAGUUUGAAAGUAUAUUUAGUCGCAGACGUUAUUAUUGCAAUUAUUAACUAACACGGAUAAAUACGGCAAAAACGUGAGGAUUUAAAACUGACAACAGGACACGAUUAAAAUAGUAGUAAAUAAUAUUUUAUCGAGCCUACAAGGUAAUCUGACAGACCCCGUAUGCAGUUAAUGAAAUUAUAGACUGUCCGCACCCACACAGGUUCGGAUUUACAGCAUGUAAAUCAUUAAAAUAUACAGCCACACACAUACAAGCUUAAGUAUGAUGUGCACUAAUACAUACAAUAUAACGUUACAACUCUGUCAUUCGUGGAAUUGUCCGUACAUAAUAUUGUUAAUAUUCACAAUUUUAUCAAAUUGACGGUUUGAUGGAUACUCAAAUCCAAUAUACUACAAAAUGAUCAUAUUAUUAUCGUAAACCACUCAAUAUCGCAUAGGUUUAAUAAGAAAUUGAUUUGUUUUUUUUUUUCAUAAUUUUUUUAUACAAUGUGAUCUCAAUUUUUCGCAUUUUUUUUUAGAAUGAUAUCGAGUGGUUUGCGAUAAAAUGAUCACCCUGUAUAGAUGCAGUUAUCCAAUUUGAGGCUUAUAAUUUAUAACAAUACAAAGAUAUUUUUGAUAUACCAUCUGACGUGACGCUGGUAUUGUAAAAACACGGUUUGGAUACAUAAAAUUAUAAUGUACUUUAUAAUAAUAUUAUGUUUUGGAUUGGAUUUGUUUUUUUUUUGGAAAGUUUAAAAGAAAAGAUAACGUCAUCCGGCGGCGGUGAAGUAACUUUUCAUUUUAGACAUUAAAUGUUGGUCUGACAGAUUAUGUGAUUAAAAAAAAAAACAACCCCCCAAAAAGAUCUCCGGCCCGGUUGUCGGCGUCUCGUCAUAAAAGUUUUUAUUUAAAACCGGAAAAAGAAACCAAUAACACGAAUUUUCCAGCCCCUCAAACCGAUAAAUUUAAUUUACAAACAUGAUUGCUGUACAAAACAACAGAGUAUAAGCGGUUUUUUUUUGGAGGGGGGGGGGGGUUGUUCCAUGUAGAUUUUCAACAUCUUAACGUUUUUUUUUUCUCGAAGGCUAUUAGAGAAAAUACUGCGGCCGUUGUGUAUGAAUUGCACGUGUCUGUCGAAAAAUUGAAUAUAAACGCAUGUGUAGACGAUAAAGCCCACCUUAAUGCCAUCUCAUCGGGGGAAGACACAUACAACAACGACAAAGGCCAUACCCAUUUGCCGGUCCUCCCGGUGACGUUAUACGCGGUUCACAUUAUACAAAAAGUCAUUUUUUUAUUUUGUCACACCCCCACACCCUCCCCCCCAUCGACUUUCAGAUGAUAGUAAUAAAAUUUAACGUCUCUACCCACAGGAUAUUUUCAAAAAAAAAAAAAUAUUCCCAGUCCGUACCUAGGUACACCUAUCUAAUAUCUAUAUAUAUAUAUAUUUCAAAACUCAAAGUUCUUCAAGCAUACUCGCCGUCACUGUGCGUCUACAUACAUACCAUAUUGGUAGAUAAGAAACGCUUGUCUAUCUCAUCAUCUGAAAACAUGUUCCCAUUUGAAAUACCCAAAUACAUACUUGUUUUACGUGGAUCAUUAUGUGUAUAGUCAUGAUGUAUUACAUUAUCCCUUUUGUACAAUUCAAGGAGCGGCUUAUGUGGUUGGUGUUAUAUAAACGCUACAAAAGAACUUUCCUGGUCAAGAUCUAACCAAGCCCAACCUAACCUAACCUAACCGUGAAUAUCUGGCUAAAUUCAAUAAACACCGACGACGGAUUUAUUUGAGAUGGGACAAAAAAGUAUACAGAACACGUUGUUUACCGAUACAAUCCGCGUACGCCAUUAAUUCGUAUUACCCGCGGUUACCAGAAGUAAUAAAAAAUCAAUUUCGCCCAGAUGUCACCAGUCGCCAUUGCUUGCUUUGACUUGAACAAAUAAAAAGACACUAAACUACCCCGCGUCUGUUGACCGCUUUAUAUCCGCCCUCAUAGAAUAGGUAGGUAUAUUAAUACACUACAGGUACAACAACUAGAACCUAGCGUGUUUUUUGCCUCGCUGACGUUACUCAAAAUUAUUACCGGCUACUAUGCUUACUUAAUUGUUUCCAGGACAUUCCUUCUCUUCUUUGAACUGCGUUUUCAGUUUUCUUACAACGCUCUGCUUGUCGCUCGCUGUUUGUUAUAUCGGCCAGCUCUAAAUAGAGUAGUUUUAAUGUGUUGCAUAAAGUAGGACUAAAAUCAGUCUGCCAAGAUGGAAGAAAAUAAUUAUCGCUCAACAUAUCGUGAUGAUAAGAUAUCAAUGAUAUCUCAGUAUUUUUAAAAAAAAUAUUGUUUUUAAAUUCGAUAAAACAUAUUGCAUUUAUUAUUAUUAAUUUGUAUUUAAGUUAUAUUAACUUAAGCUAUUUAUUUGUUAAUUAAUUAACAAUAAUGCCUAGUCGUUUUGUUUGUUCAACAAUAGAGACUUUUUGUUUUCCUCUAUGUGGUCAUACUAGUUUUAGUCCUACUUUUUACUUCGCUCUUGCGUACAAGCUAGUACACGCUAGUUCAUCCCUUUAUAUAUUAUUACUCUAUGCUCUAAGGGCUCGAAAUGGACCUCUUUUCGACGAAACGGCAACUACAUUAUUAAGAAAAUAAUAAUACAUGAAAGUACAAUAGGUUUUGCCACCGUCGCACGGCAAAAAUUUCCGGACAAAACGUGACAAUAUGUCAAUAACUGCCAACACUUUAUUAUUUUCCCCCGGCAGACUAUACAUACAAGCUGCCUCUUCUUUUGCCCCCUUCCGUUUUAAUCCUGGCCGCGUUUGUACACCGUGUACCUGUCUGUCUAUACUACUGUUCUCUUCUCUUUGAGUCGAACUGACAAAAGCCACACACAACCCACACCGUCGUCGUCGUCCCUAUUAUAGGGCGAGGGAAAAUUUUCUAGUAGAAAACUUUUAAAGGAAAAAAAAAUAAAAUAAUAAGUUUCACUACUGUGUUGUAUUUGUAUUGUCGGCUAAAUCGACUCGGUCAACAGUGGGCGUUUCCUAUCUGCGGUCCCGUCCUUUUAUACAAAAAAACCGUUUGGAUUUAUCGUGCAAGUCCUCUCUAUUCGACGGCACCCCGAUAGGGUAAUAUACAAUUUAUCUUGAGAGAAACAUCAACAGCUAUACCGUGGUGCGUUAAAAAAAAAAUCAUAAUAAAAUACUGCAACCUAAACUGAAAAGAUUGCUCACACAUACACACAUUGUCACACUAUUUACAAUAUAUUCCAAAACGAUUAAGUUUACCUGUUGAAAAUCCAAAGCGGAAUAUUUUGUGAAACAACCGAUUUGCCAAACAUAUUACUAUUGUAUUGUCUUUGUCUACUAAAUCACAUCUUCCAAGUCAACGUCAAGGUAUAUGCAUACCUUAGAUUUGGAACUGUAAACGAUAAAAUGCACACACACACCAGUGUUGCCAGAAUUCAAAAUCGAGAUUAACGUACAAUGUCUCCAAAUUACCGUAAUUUACAUUGAAUUACCGUACACGAAACAUUUUACACCAUCUUGGCGAAUUAUAAUAUUAUAACAAAGCUAUACAGAAUCCAUCAUCAAUUCAUAUUUUAUGUAUUUUAUGUACGGUAAUUACCGUACGUCUGGCAACACUAACACACACACACAAAUUGAAAUAUCUUUAAACAAUAAUUAAAUUACUUAUGAAAUUGUUUGUACAUACUUUAACACAACAAAAAUGACAAAGGUUUUGUUUCGGGCAAACAAAACCUAAUAAUAAUAAACUAGUACCUGGUUUUGCGACAUAUUUUUAAUUUUGUUAUUACUAAAAAAUCGAUUUAAUUAUUAGAUGCGAUACUUACCAAUCUGUCUAGGUAUUAUAAUUAAACAGACCUAUUUUAAUUUCAAGCAGACAUAAUCCCAAACCGCAGUCUGUUCUCUACAAAGCACCUAACAUUAUAUUAUACGGUUAUACCUGUUGAAAUAUUUUUUUUUAUUGAUCUCUUCGACCAAAAAUAUUGUGUAAACUUAAUGCUAAACAAUCAUAACGUUGUAUAAUAACCGAUCGUCCGAUUUUAUUAGCAUAACAAUGUGUCAUAAAUAUAUAUAUAUAUUUUUUUUUAAUUUUAAUUUCUGUUUUAUUUGGCAAAAGUAUGCCUACCCUAUAAGUAAAACUAUGUUUAUUAAUAUAUACUGUGUACAAAUCAACUGUGUUUAGUAAACCGACCGUUUUCGUUAUCGAAUAAUACAACAUUUUUACAUCAUCACAAACAAUAUACCAUUUUUUUUUUUUGGUCAUUUUAUCAAUUUUCUCAAACAAACUAUUAUGUUCUUCCGUUUUCUUUACUCAGUUCCUAGUUAAACUGCGAAUACCAAUAGUUCUCAACAACUAUAUUAUAUCCUAUACAUUGUUUGCUGGGAAAGCUCAGUUAAGUCAACACUAAAUUCUUCCUUGCAAUGUUGUAUUGUUCUGUUAUAGUAUUAUUAUUAUGUUAUUAUGUUUUUUUUAUAUAUUUAUAGUUAAUAUGUACAACGUUGU